AUGAAUAACCUAUACGGAGAUUUGGCGCGCGUCAUGAUCAUUACAGCGUCGGGUGCGGAAGGCAUCUCUUUGAAGAACGUGCGGCAAGUGCACAUGCUGGAGAGUUUUUGGAACCACAACCGUCUUGAUCAGGUCAUAGGGCGUGCCGUGCGUGCAAAGUCGCACGUGGCGCUGCCGCCUGAAGAAAGACACGUGGACGUGUAUUUGUACCUGGUGAACCUCACAGACACACAGCGCCAUGACCGAGUUAUCAUGAGAGACGACAAGGGCCUGACAUCGGACCAAUUCGUUCACUCCAUCGCCCUGAAGGAAAAAACACUCACUGACCAGGUCCUUUCUGUCAUGAAGGCGGCGUCUGUCGACUGCAGACUCUACGACGAUUCCACAUCGUGCUUUGACUUGCCCAAAAAUCUGCCCUGA